UUUGCAUUCCACAACUGGUCCCAGCAGAAAGAAACUUCUCAAUCGUCAGACCAAGACCACUGGAGUGAUGAGAAGGUAAUUAGGCCCCUCUUUCCCCCGCACCUGAACACAACUACCUCUGCCACCAGACCUCUUGCAGCGACUAACCAUUUGUGAGCCAGAUUGGGCCAAAAGGAUAUGAGUGGGAAACUUCAAAACCUGCUCAUAUUUCUGAGGAGGUGAAAGGAUUUGUAUAACGCAUUCAGAUUUGAUGGAUUUUCCCAUGUUCCAUGUGGACAGCCGUUUUUUGUUGACAUCUUCAAAUAAUGAGGUCCUUAUGUGUAGGGUUUGUUUUUCAGCUGUGGUGCAGGGUUCUGUUUCUAGUUGUCAGGUGGGGAUGCUGUGCAAACCAUUCCCUCGUCUGUUCCAGGCUUAUGGAGAAGGACUGACUUGCUGGCUUCCAGGAACCACAGUACUGAAAUGGAACAUACAUUUUGGAUUUUUUUAAUUCUUUGCCAGAUCUUUUCAGUGGGAGCUCAGUUCAAUGGAUACAACUGUGAUUCCAACUUCCAUAGUCGCUUCCCUGCUGAGCGGGAUAUCAGUGUGUACUGUGGGGUUCAAACUAUCACUCUUAAGGUCAACUUUUGUCCAGUACUUUUCUCUGGCUACACUGAUUCAGAUUUGGCUCUAAAUGGUCGUCAUGGAGAUGCACAUUGCCGAGGAUUUAUUAAUAACAACACAUUUCCAACUGUUGUGAUCUUUAGUAUUAGCUUGGCAACAUUGGAGUCAUGUGGAAAUGCCCUGGUGGUGUCCACAGCUCAGGGACCCAAUGCCUAUGGAAAUCUCUCUCUGGUGCAAAUUGGAAACAUAUCAGGUUAUAUUGAUACCCCAGAUCCACCUACUAUCAUCAGCUAUCUCCCAGGUUUACUCUACAAAUACAGUUGCAGUUAUCCUCUAGAGUAUCUGGUCAACAACACACAGCUGGCCUCGUCAUCAGCUGCAAUCUCAGUGAAAGAAAGCAAUGGUACAUUCAUCAGCACGCUGAAUCUGCUGCUUUACAAUGACUCAUCAUACAUUCAGCAGCUGUCCAUUCCUGUAGCAGGACUGACCCUGAAGACACGGGUGUUUGCAGCUGUCAAAGCCACCAACCUGGACAGGAGAUGGAACGUUCUAAUGGACUACUGUUACACUACACCCUCUGGGAAUCCGAAUGAUGAGCUGCGCUAUGACCUUUUCUUUAGCUGUGAUAAGGACCCACAGACCACUGUCCUUGAGAAUGGGAAAAGCCAAAUGGGUCGCUUUGCCUUUGAAGUAUUCCGUUUUGUCAAGCACAAGAAUCAGAAGAUGUCCACUGUUUUUCUCCACUGUGUUACCAAGCUAUGCCGCGCAGAUGACUGUCCAAUGCUCAUGCCAAUCUGUGGCAGCAAGAAAAAGAGAGCUAUUUCAGAAGGAAAACAAUCAAGCAAGUCAUCAGGAAAUGCUGUUCUGACUGCGGGGCCCAUCAUCACUCGAAGUGAUCAAACACCAAGUAAUAAUUCUCAGCUGGCUCUUCUGAAUGCUCCAGAGUUUCACAUGGACACAGUGACCAGCAUACUCAUCUCAGGAGUGAUCAUUCUGAGUGUUAUAAGCAUUUGCUUCUUCCUCUUCUCCCUAGUGCUCCCAAAAGGCAGGAGUUCUCCUGUCACUACUGUGUCUGGUGUCCGAAACACGGCCUUCAAUUAAUCUCUGGAACUCAGCUGAAUGUUGGUAGAUAAGCCAACACUCAGCAAGUGGACACAAGAGACAAGAUACUUUUUCAUAUAGGUGUUUACAAGAAUAAUACAAAUGUUAAUUUAGAAAACCCAGAGGGCCCCGAUGUCCAC